CUCCGUCAGCCAUUGGUGAUAAAAUACAAAACAAAGAAUAGAAAGCUGCUGUCUUCUCUCUCUCUCAGAAAAUCAGAAUCAAAGGUGGUUGCUUUCCGCUUGAUCAAAGUCUUCUCUGCCGUUUCCGUCAACACCAAAUUGCAGUGACUCAGAUUUAUCCGUUAUCCUCGAAACCCCGAAAUUCAAUUCCUAAACUAUCCAGAAACCACGACGGAUCCGACGGCGGAGACACGGAGGGGCCCCGUCUGUAUGGUGGGGCUGGAGUGCUUUCUGGACGUCGUCAGGGCCCUCGGCAUGGGCUCCUGCCUCUCUGCUGAUGGCAGCGCUGCCGCCUACGGCUCCGUCCCUUCAUCCGACAGCAAGAGGCGGAGGAGGAGGGUGGCUGCGAUCUCCUCCCCGUCCUCAACGACGCCGACAGCCGAUAACGUGGAGAUGUGGCUGCACAGAGUCCAUGACAGGAUGUUCUUGAAUGGGUCCUCUGAUUUUACUUCCUUGUUCAGCAAGCAAGGCAAAAAAGGGGUCAAUCAGGACGCCAUGAUUGCUUGGGAGAAUUUCGGUUCGGCGGAUACCACUUUCUGUGGUGUUUUUGAUGGGCAUGGUCCUUUUGGCCAUAUGGUUGCAAAGAAGGUGAGGGAUGCUCUACCUUUGCGGCUGACUUCACAGUGGGUAUUGAAUGGUAACGCCACGAACGGGCCUGCUGAUGAUUCGAGCGAGGCCGCUGCAUGUCACGAAGGCAAGGAUGAGGAGCGCUGUGAUUUUUUUAUGACAUUGAAAGAUUCAUUUUUGAAGGCUUUUAAGGUCAUGGACAAGGAGCUCAAAUUGCACCCUCGUAUUGAUUGUUAUUGCAGCGGGACAACUGCUGUCACCUUGGUCAAGCAGGGUCAGGAUCUUGUUAUUGCAAAUGUUGGGGACUCUAGAGCUGUAUUGGGCACAAGAGAUAAAGAUGGUUCCCUCGUUGCUGUUCAGUUGACUGUAGACCUCAAACCAAAUCUUCCAAGGGAAGCAGAGAGGAUCAGGCUAUGCAAAGGACGAGUAUUUGCUCUCCAAAACGAGCCUGAGAUCGCUCGAGUUUGGUUGCCCAACUGUAAUUCACCUGGCCUUGCCAUGGCACGGGCUUUUGGAGAUUUCUGCCUAAAGGACUUUGGCUUAAUCUCUGUCCCUGAUAUAUCUUAUCGUCGCCUCACUGAGAAGGAUGAAUUUGUAGUGUUAGCUACGGAUGGGAUAUGGGAUGUCCUCACAAAUGAGGAAGUGGUGGAUAUAGUAGCAUUAGCUCCACGACCAUCUGCUGCUCGAACCCUGGUAGAGUCAGCAACUCGUGCUUGGAGGUUAAAAUAUCCGUAUGCCAAGGUUGAUGAUUGUGCUGUGGUCUGCCUCUUCCUCAACUCCAGUACAUCAAACACUACUUCCCAUUUCUCGCCAACUGGAGAGGAAAUGAGCUCUGGAAAAUCGCUGCAGUAUCCGGAAGGGAGUUAGUACGAAGACCAACAGCAGCAGUGGCACACUUUUUUCGACUUGCCUGCUCCUGAGCCUUCUUGAUUGUAGGGUGAUUAGUUUUGUUGUCAUUGUCUAUAUCUCUUUUCAUUGUUAUAGUGAUUUGUUGAUUUUUUUUUCUAUUUUUUACAUAAAUCUCGGCGAAAAAAAAGGAUUUCGGGUUAUAUUUACAGAUUUGUUUGAAGGGAGACGCGGUAUUACAUUGUCUCUCUUUAGCAUCGUCGAUUUGGGAUUUCUGUAAAUACAAGUCUUGAACCUGAAGCCUUGUGGUUGUUCUGGCUGCCUUGAUUUUGUAUGUUGGUGGGUGGUUGGAAAUGUUCUCCUUGGGUGAUUAUGUUUCCACUCGUCAUCUUAUUUUGUGCUUUUUCUUGUAAUCCAAGCUAUCUUUUCUUCCC